UCGUCAGAAGAAUGCCCUUGUGUGUUUGUGUGUGUGUGUGUGUGUUUGUGUGACUACUGACUUUUCUAUAUGGGCAUACCGCUCUUCCCGCGUCGGUCUAUCGGACUCGUACUUUUUAGCCAAUCAGAUCACAUGUGAGUUUACCAUUCAACCAAUCAUAUAAUAUAAGCCAGCGGCUGGUACAUUGAAGGAGCACGAUUCUGCGCACGUUUUGCGCAAUAUGGAUUAAUUAGAACUUUCUCUGACGGAAAUUAAACAUUCACAUCGGUAAUCCACGGUAAUCCAGCAUGGCGGACGAAGAAAGGGAUGCGCGGGAAUGUCUAAAGCAGUAUAUUCUUCAGCGACUUCGUGAUCGUUUAGUUCAUGUCUUGGAGAGACAGCCACUGAACGUUGACUACCUAGAGUUUAUUUGCAGACAGGAACUAGUAUUUAUUAGUGCCCUGGCUGAAAUAGUACAUGUGUCAGAGGACAUAAUGGUAGCUCUUACAAAUCUGAGCAACCUUAUACAGCGUCAGAAGGAUAUGGAGGCUUUGGAGGAGCUCUCUGUAUCAAUGGAUCUGGAACCAGGACAUGGACGUGGGCGUCCAAGAAUUUCCAUUUCUACGAUCAACCUCACCCAUCUAAUAGAACUCGGGCUUCCAACCCAGUCUAUUGCAGAUUUACUUGGUGUGUCUCGUUCAACACUGUUCCGGAGGAUGAAUGAAAACAACUUAUCUGUGAGAGCUUUGUACAGCACAUGUACAGACGAAGAGCUUGAUGCCCUUGUCACAGAGGUUAAGAACUCCAUGCCAGACGCAGGGUAUCGUAUGGUUCGAGGGGCUCUACUGGCACAGGGGCACCGCGUACAGUGGGAUAGGGUGCGUGCAUCCAUGCAUCGUGUGGACAGCGUUGGUGUUCUUUCCAGGAUGACCAACUUGAGAUGUUUUGCUCAGAGAAGAUAUAGUGUUCCUUAUCCCAAGUACCUGGUGCACAUAGACACCAACUUCAAACUCCUCAGGUACAACAUGGUAAUCUUCGGCGGAAUAGAUGAUUAUUCCAGAAAGAUUAUGUACCUGAAGAUUUCAGACAACAACCACUCAGACACCCAUUUGGCCUUUUUCAGAGAGGCAGUGAAUACACAUGGGUUUCCACUGAGAGUGAGAGGAGAUCAAGGCAGUGAAAAUGUGGGAAUUGCAGAACUGAUGUUUUCAGUUCGUGGCACUGAUGACAACAGCUUCAUUGCCGGUAAAAGUGUGCAUAAUCAGAGAAUUGGGCGUCUCUGGCGUGAUGUAUUCGUAGCGGUAACGGGCAUCUAUCUCAACAUUCUGCACACAUUGGAGGACAGUCACCUGCUGGAUGUCAGCAACUCCUGCCAUUUAUUCAGCUGUCAUUAUGUGUUUCUGCCACGCAUCCAGGCCAGCUUGGAUGUCUUUUCUGAGGGAUGGGACAACCAUCCCUUAAGAACAGAACACAAUCUAACACCCAUUCAGUUGUGGCAAGUGGGCCAGUUCCAAAACCCAAUUGUGGAUCCAGAGAAUGUAGCCAUUCCCAACAUUGAAUGGGAGGAUAGUGGACACUUGGAGGGUCCAAACCUUGGGGUGCAUGUUCCUGUGCUUGACAUUUCAUUGACAGACGAUGGAAUGGCACAACUUAGAGAAACCAUCAACCCCAUGCAACAUUCUGAGUCUUUUGGAGUAGACCUCUAUCUUAGCACUGUCCAGUAUGUUGAGAGUAUAACUGAAAGUUAGUCCUUGCCAAAUUCCAUUUACGCUUUCUUGCCAUGUUGUACACCCUGCUUAAUCUGUAGGUGUGGAGCUUUAAUUUUUCAUAUUUACCCACUGCACAAUAUUUAUUGGUAGAAAAUAACAUUCUUUAUUUGUAAACACCUAGAGUUUACCAACAGGUGCCAAACAUUUUUUCAACAUUGUUAUCCUUUAAUUUUUUUUUUGACAUGUGCAUGUGGUGUGUAUACCAACAGGUAUUACUCAAGUUUUCUAAAAGAAAAGUUCAAUUCUUACCCUCACAAUUUACAGUCAGUGUAAAUCUAAAUAGGGUCACUUUAUUUAUUUGAUGUUUAAAUUUCAAAUGCACUUAGGCCAAACAUUCAAACAUUAUGCAGUAUGAAAAAUUGUUUAAGGUUAAUCUAAAAAAACAAUCCUACAGAUUACAUUUGAGUGAACUAUUCCUUUGGCGUUAGUUUAAUAACAAACAUGUUUUAACUGUGUUAAAAGACAUUCAAGAGUUUACCAACUUGAAAAUAAAUUUGAUUUAAACGUUUAAAACGUAAA